AUGUUUGCAAUAAUCCAAUCACGUUUGCCACCACAUUGGGUUGAUUUUUUCAGCGCUCUUAGUCUCGCUGACAUCAUUGCUGGAAUUCCUGCGAUUAUUGUUAUAUAUACGGUGAUACCUAGCGCACUAUUUACGAUGAGGCAUAGAAGUAGUAAAGGAAACUGGUAUAUCCCUCCUGAGCCUAAUGACGAAUCACCAGCAAUGCACGCAAAAUUGCUCAUCCUAAGAAGUUUAGCAUUCAUGUUUGCCAUUAAAUAUAUCGCACAAUAUAUUUUUAAUCACCCGCCACCUGAAGUUUUUGUUUCGGGAGCAAUGUUGACAGUUGCGCUUAUAACAGUCAAUAUUUAUCAUUACGAGAACCGCGGUAUCGUUAAGCCGGCCAUUCCACUUUCAAUUCUUUGGGGUAUCGCCACUAUCACUACUUUAAUUUAUACCACGAAGGCGCAUGACGUUUCCCAUGAGAUAUAUCUUGUCUCUAGUAUGUUAAUGUUCGUUCUCGAAUUAGCUUCUCCUCGAGCUGCAAGGCUACCAAAGGCGGAUAGAAGACCUCCGCUCAAGGACGCGCAUAAGCCUUUGAGUGAUCAAGAAGUGACCACGAUAGAUCAUACGAAAGCAGAUUAA